AUGUCUUACAUUCACGUCCUACAUGGAUUCCGGGUGUGUUAUCAAAUCUUCUGGGAUGUUGCCCGGGACUCCUUUAGUGAGCAGGAUAAAGUUCGAGGUCUCCAGGAAGCACUUGCCAAGCUUCAAGACUUUGACUAUGGACUAGGGUCUUCCAAUGGCUGGUCCGUUGAUCAGAAAAUCUGGGGAAUCGGCGUUGCUAUCGCCGUCCUCGAGGACAUUCUUUCUUCGCCCGAUGUGGCCAAAGCAUUCCGUCUCGCCAAGAUGAAUGUGGAAGAUUGGAUGGAGCACGAUAAUCUCCUGGAGCCUAAUAUGAAUGUGUCAAGGUACUUGUCCCCCAUGCAGGAUCCCUUGCUACGCCAGGAGAUACUGGCGAGACAUUAUCACUGGCUCGAGUUCAAUUUACCCGCGGCUCCUGAACAUCUGCAGAAGUUUUUACCUAAGCUAGAACGACACGAAUCGGUCGAGGAGCCUGAGGAGAAGCAGACUGAUUCUAGGGAGGGAACUGAGAGCGGACCUGUCGACGAGAUCGCGGAUUCUUUCUGCAAUAUCAAGAUCGAUUGA